GGCACCGGCACCGGCCUCGGCCCCCACCCCGACCCGCCUGGGGCCCGCGUCACGUUCCCGGCCCCGACCGGCCCGUCGCGGCUGGGCGCGAGUGGCUCUCGGGUUUAUCGGCAAGCCUCCUGCCGCUCCCCCGGGAGCAGGAAGGCCGAGCUGUGGGGCGGGCCGGGCCGGGCCGAGGCGGAGCGGGCAGGGUCUUUGCCGCCGCUCGCCCGGUUUCUCCGGGAGAAGUGGCUUUCAGAGUUGUCCUCCGACAUCCUUUUCCAUCGGCGAGCAGCCGCGUCGCCCGAGGCCUCAAGCAGCAUCCAGCUAUAGCCCCCUUCGCCUGGCGAGGCCUGCACAAACCAUCGCCGCCUGGGGAACAGAUCCCGGCUGGGCGAUGGCCGGAGGGAGUUGGGUUUAUGAAAGCGGAGCUGAGAGCUGAACUUUAACCGCAGUGGUUUUAUGGUGCACGAUUUCCACCCGGGAUUUCCCCUUGUGCCCAUGACUGUGGCCAUCGGGUCUGUGCUUGGUUCCGUUGGAGCUCCCAAGCUCUUAUAGGGAACUGGAACGUUAUGGCAGCCCUCUGCUCGCCUUACACCUCUCUCUCAGCAGGCGCUGAGCCAGGAUGGGCUUUGCCGAAGACAAAGUGUACGACUACAUUCUGAAAAACCUGAGGACUUUCAGCAACAUCCGUGUGGCAUCAUUGGCUGAUUCCCUGAGCUGCCUGACCGAUGCCGACAGGGACGAGCUUCAUGCCCGGGAGGAAAUGCGGGGCAGCCAGGCCACCAUCUAUAGGUUUUACCAGCACCUGAGGUGCCGGGACGGCUGGGUGCUGGAUCUCAUCAAGGCGCUGCAGCAGAACAAUGCAGGACAACUGGCUGAGGAGCUGCAGCACGUGUAUGACUCCUGGCAAAUCCGUGCCCCUGCCUCCCUCUCUCCAGCAGCCAGCAGUACCCGUCCCGCCGUGUCCGUGGGCGCCCAGCCGCCGUGCCCGGGACUGAGCCCCGCUCCUGCGAGUGCUGCGGUGCCUGAGCAGCCGCGCUGUGCCGUGCCCGCCCACCCGCCGUCUCUCCCGCCCAGCACACAGCUGGAUGCUCGGGCCCCGGUGCAGGAAUCGCUCCCCAAAAGCUUCCCGGAGCAAGAGAGUCUCCAGUCACCUCUGCCUGGGAGCAUGGUUCGCGCUGAAGUGAGUGACAGGCACAGCGGAGAGGGGCAUCUCUCUCACCCCACCAUGAGGGCUCCUGGGGCUGGCAGCGUGGUGGUGCCACCGGCCACUCCCCCCGAGCAGGGCCCGGCCUGGCUGAGCCGCCAGCAGCACCCGGUGUGCGUGGACAACGGGUGCUUCGGGAACCGCAACCACCUGCACCGCGGCGCGCCGGGCUUGGGCCUGGGCGGCUGCCUUCAACCCAGGGCUGUGGGUGCUGCUUGUCGCCCUGAGCAGCCCAGGAACCAGCCUGAGGAGAACUUCUACCUCUCCACUGAGGCACCCCCGAGGCUGGAGGAGACUGUUUGCAGCAGGGGGCCGCAGCCCCCAGCCUCACUGCCACAAAACCCGUCUGUGCCUGCCCGUGAGCCCACGGGGAGCUUCGUGGAUGUGCGCAGCCCCCUCCUCAUCCAGCAGCAGUUUGAUGUGGAGCAGAAGCAGGUGGGGAUGCUGCCAGAGCACAGAGAUGGAGACCCUUGUCUGGAAACAAGCAGCUCAGUCAGUACCCUUGUGGCCAGAGAUGCUUCCCUGUCCUGUGACACCUUGAAGCCUCCUAAACAAGAAAGUAAACUGCCUGUGGGGAAGACAGCCAGCAGCAUCCCCUCUGUGCUGAUGAAGGAGAAGGUUGUCCCGGCCUCGGCAGAGCCUCUCCCGAGGGUUGCAGGAAGCUCUGAAGGCACCUCCACGAGGAUGGCAUCGCGGGUGAGCUCUGCCACGAGCGUCUGGGCAUCGGGGAGUAACGAGGAGAAGGAUGUGGAGCUCAGCAAGGCAGCUGUCCUCAUCCCCACGGCUGUGGAGAGCCCAGAGGCAGCCAGCAGAUGCCUGAGCUCUCAGGGGCCCAAUGGCCCUUCGUUUGGGCUGUCUGACAGCUUCACCUUCUGCAGCGACCCACUCCUGGUGAGCACAGACAGCUCAUGCUCAGGAGGAGCGCUCCCCAGGGUCUCUUCAGGGUUUCUGGCUCCAGCAGCUCACACAGACUCUGGGGAAGAGGAGGCAGCUGGAGAAAGCACCUCCCUGGGCACCCAUGAGGUCUAUGUGGCCCAUUACCCCAGCACUCAGCUCGAGGCAGGCAGUGACCUCCAAGAUGGAGAUGGUCCCCUGGGAACCCCCCCAGUUUUUGAAGGUGGCACUGCCACCAGCUCUUCUAAGGCCAAAGUCCCCUCAGGGGACAGCAAGGGACCAUCCCUGCCAUACAUCAUCCCAGCUGUGGGCAUUGCUGUGAUUUCUGCUGUAGCCUUUCUGGUGUAUGCCCGACUGCAGAAGUAGUGCUGGAGAGGAUGGGGUGCCACGAGCAUCCCUUGGCCUGGCUGAUUUCUCUUCCUAGCAGGAAUUUGGCCAAGGUGAUUGAAGGCUGCAGAGCAGUGGUGGGGGGAUGGUAAGGGCAUUGUUAAAGCUCUUUCCAGAAGGUUUUGCUGGAAGAGGCCUUGGUUGUAUGAUGCUGUUGGGUUUGGAUCUGUUCCCCUCCCUAUUUCCCAGCCAUCUUCUUGCCUGUAGCCUUCUGCUCUUACGGCCACAGAGAGGCCAGGCUCAGGGAAUGAUCCUUUCAGUCAAAAAAAGGGGAUUCUCCACGUCUUCCUAGUUUAGUCCCAGAGAAAUUCAUAGAAUCAUGGUUCUUUAGGAAGAACUUUUUUCACCAUGAGGGUUAUUAAGCAGUGUCCUAGGCUGCCCAGGGAGGUGGUGGAGUCUCCAUCCCUGGAGAUAUUCAGAAGAGGCAUAGCUGAGGUGCAUGGGCUUGGGAGGGUUUGGACUCCAGGAGCUUAUAGGGCUUUUACAACCAAAAUGAUUCUAUGAAAUGUGUCCUGAUGGACAACCCUCUGUGCAGCACAGUGAGGUUUUCCAGAUGUCCCGUAAAAGUGGAGCUGAUUUAGUUGGCUCUCCUCAUCUCAGCUUGAAAAGAUGCCCGAGGCCUGCACAGCAACCUUCCCCAGGCACCUUGGAUUCAAUGUGCCUUACUUGGUGUCUCUGGUUCUGCUGUUGGGACCUUGGGUCAUCUCUGCUGCUCCUUUUCCCUGGUGCUGGAUGCUCAGGUGCAUCAGGUCACUCUGCCUUGUGCUCAUGAGUGGCAAGAGGUGGCCCCGUGUGGCACUGACACCCUGGGGAUGAAGCUGAGGGUCAGGAAAGAGCCUCAUCUAACCAGCUUUCACGAGGAUCAACCUCAUUUCCCCCCCUCCUUCAGCCAGAGAAAGUGGGAUUAUGCUUUAAGAGGAACAUUUCACGCAGAGCCAGCAUUGAGUAGACUCAGUCCCUCACGGGAUUGUUGGAUGUCUUUGAUCUUUAGGCUCUAUUUUUAGAGCAUAGCUAGGAAGGUGGAUGUAGUCCUCACCUUUCCCAGUACCUGGGAAUAGGAAUAUGGUGAACAGAGGCUGAGACACAAAUAAGCUCAAUUCUGCACACUGCAGGGAGUUCAUACCCAGUACCUUGAAGGUCCCAUUUAAAACUGCAGCCCACAAUUUCCCUGCUAAGCCCAGGGAUCAGCCUGGAAUGUCAGGGGAUGGGGCUGUAAGGUUUUCAAAGAUAAUAUCCUCAUACCCAAAUAAAUAUCCUCAGUUUUACCUGGCUUCGGGCAGCUUUUGGGGACAGGAGGAGCCCCAUCAGUCACUGCUGGCACAUGUCUCUAGCUCUAGGCAGAGUUUGGUGAUCACCAGCUGUGCUGCCUGCUGCUUCUGUGGCUGCAGGUUGUUCACCAUCUCAUCUACUCCCUCCCAAAAAUCACACAACUACUUUUUUUGUAGUUAGAGAGUUGUAGCUAGAGGAUUUUAAUGUUUUUUUUAAAAAAAGCUCUAAAGAUGCCAGUGCAGAUUUUUGGGUGCUCCCACCCUCCUGGGAUUUGUUUGCUGGGGGGCAUCAGGGGAUCUGUGGCAGGAGGGAAGAGUUUUUCAGGACUUUGAGGAGAAAGCUCAAGAGUCUGUCAGUCCCACAACAGGGAUGAACUGCUGCUUCUGACUCUUUUCCUUGGCCCAAAAACAUGAAAGAAGUGCCUCCUUGAAACAAUAAAGACAAUAAAAAAAGCACCAGGAAGGUACUGAACUUGAGAUGUUCACUGGGGCCUGGUGCUUUGUUGGAGGAAGGGAUAGUACUUCAAAAGCACUCAACCUCCUCUUCUGGGAGAAGGUACUUGGGGCUGUUUUCCCUGUUUAAAGGUACCAAAGUGACUUAUCCAAAACCUCUCCCAUCAGCAGACCCCUGUGAGCUCGUUUCUUUUCCUCAGCUGGCGUUUUGUCAGUGAGGCCUUUGUAGAGACCUGUCACCUCCUCGAGGAAGCUGCAGCUUUCAGCCCUGACAAUUGCUCUUUAUUGGUGGUGGGCAAGGAAAUCUCCCCAAAUCCUUUUGCCUUGUUAAAAGGCUCCUGUUUCCUACUGAAUACCACACCAAAAUAAUGAGGAAUAAAGAAAUACUUACUGGUACUCAUGAAGCAGAGCACGUGAGCCACGCUGCAGGAUCCAUCCCAAAAUGUGUUGAAGAGAAGGGCCUUUGCCUUCUCCAUGUGCUUUCUGCACGAUUCGGAGGGCACCUGUGUGAUCCUAAACCAGCAGCAUCUGUACCAAGGCCCUCUUCUCCUCUGCUUUACUCACCUGCACAACUCUUUGUGUGUUUUCCCACUGCUUUUUGGCCAUGCCUUUUGUGGAACGAGCCGUUUGGCAGCACUUCUGCUGCAAAGGGCCAGGCUUUUCACAACUCUCAUGGAGCACUUUAAAAGCAGGUGAACCUACAGCAGGGAACUGUGGCCCUGCAAAUAUUUUAAGAGGAAAAACAAAGUGCCUUUUACUAACUGUGUAAUAAAACAUUUGUCACUUCA